AUGCCGGUCCGAAAGAAAGACGCCCAGCGUGCGCUGUCCUUGCUGGAGGAGUACCGAGCCAAGCUCCAACACGCCGACGAGCGGCCGCUGCGGGUAUCCAUUCAGAGGGUGAUUGACAUCUUCCAGAGCAACCUCUUCCAGGCCCUCAUCGAUAUCCAAGAGUUUUACGAAGUGACCUUAUUGGACAGCCAGAGGUGGGCGGAGAGCGGCAAGACGGCGGAGGGCGCGGCUCCCGUCAACCCGUGGGACUUCUCCAGCCUUCCCAGCACCACCGUCACCUCCGACACGCUGCCCAGCCUUAGUACCAGCAUCGAGGAUUCGGCCCUCCUCAAUGAAAUCCUGCACGUGUUGGUUGAGGCCUCGCGCUCGCCAAAGCGUGACGCCCAAAAGUACCGGCAUCACGAUGAGGACUCGUCCCCACAGGAAGACCGGAGCUCUCCACACCUGAUGGAGGAGGCGGGAGGUCCGGAGCUGGUCCAGGUGGCCGAGAAGAACCUGUCCCAGAUUGAGAAUGUCCACGGAUACGUCACCCACGCGCACAUCUCACCUAUGAAGGUGGCGUCGUUGGAGUGCGUGUUUGACGGGUCGCCGUCGUCGGGACCGGAACAGCCGGAGCUCCCUUCCUCCCCUGCACUCUCCUCCCUCUACCCUCACGGUGAUGACAGCCCCCUCCCGUCCUGCUCCUCCAACCCCUACCCCCCCAUCCAGGCCAACCCCCCUCCUGUGUUGGUCAACGCAGACAGCCUGGAUACGCCCCCUUAUGUGAAUGGAACUGAGGCGGAUUACGAAUACGAGGAGAUCACGUUGGAGAGGGGUAAUUCGGGUCUGGGCUUCAGCAUUGCUGGUGGUGUGGACAACCCCCACGUGGGCGAUGACCCUGGCAUUUUCAUCACCAAAGUCAUCGCAGGGGGUGCCGCCGCCCAGGACGGACGCCUCAGGGUGAACGACGUAAUCCUGCGCGUAAACGAGGUGGACGUGCGUGACGUGACGCACAGCCGCGCCGUGGAAGCGCUAAAGGAGGCGGGAUCUCUGGUGCGACUCUACGUGCGGCGUCGCAAGCCCGCAGGCGACAGAGUGGUGGAUGUCAAACUGGUCAAAGGACCCAAAGGUCUGGGCUUCAGCAUCGCCGGCGGUGUGGGCAACCAGCACAUCCCAGGCGACGAUGGAAUCUACGUCACUAAGAUCAUCGAGGGAGGCGCCGCCCACCGAGAUGCGCGGCUGAGAAUCGGCGACAAGCUUCUGGCGGUGAAUGGCUGCUGCCUUGAGGACGUGAGUCACGAACACGCUGUGACGGCUCUCAAGAACACACCCGACGUGGUCUACCUGAAAGUAGCCAAACCGAGCAACGUCUUCAUCGACGCCGCCAACCACAGUAAAGCCAAACCGUUCCCUCAGCACCCAGAGAAUCAUAUCGGCGCUCCCAACUUCCUGCCCGAGCCACUCCCCCAGCCGGCCUCGUCGGGACGCUUCUCACCAACGCCCAAGGGCGUGCCAGGAGAAGACGAUAUUGCAUGCAGGGAGCCACGGAAGGUGGUCCUGCACCGCGGCACCACAGGUCUAGGCUUCAACAUCGUCGGGGGUGAGGACGGCGAAGGCAUCUUCAUUUCCUUCAUCCUGGCUGGAGGACCCGCCGACCUCUGCGGCGAGCUGCGCAAGGGAGACCGACUGGUUUGCGUAAACGGCGUGGACCUCCGCAGCGCUACGCAUGAGCAGGCCGCUGCCGCACUCAAGAAUGCAGGCCAGACGGUCACCAUCGUGGCGCACUACAGGCCUGAAGAGUACAGCCGCUUUGAAGCUAAGAUCCAUGAUCUGAGGGAGCAAAUGAUGAACAGCAGCAUCAGCUCUGGCUCCGGUUCUCUGAGGACCAGCCAGAAGAGGUCGCUGUACGUCAGGGCCUUGUUUGAUUACGACAAAACUCGGGACUCAGGCCUCCCCAGUCAGGGACUGGACUUUAAAUUUGGGGACAUCCUGCACGUGGUCAACGCCUCCGAUGACGAGUGGUGGCAGGCCAGACACAUGACGCCCGCCGGAGACGUCAGAGAUGUCGGGGUCAUCCCCAGCAAGCGGAGGGUGGAGAAAAAAGAGCGAGCCAGGUUAAAGACGGUCAAGUUCAAUCCCAAGUCUCGAGAGCGAGGGUCGUGGGGCGACAAGCGUAGAAAGGGCGUGUUCGCCAGGUCCUUCCUGUUCGGGAAAGGUCGCGAGAUCAGCGAGCAGGAGAGCAGCGACGCCGAGCAACAUGUGACGUCCAACGCCAGCGAUAGUGAAAGCAGUUACCCAGGCGGCCAGGAGGAGUCUGUCCUGUCGUACGAAGCUGUCACGCGACAGGAAGUUACCUACACACGACCGGUCAUCAUCCUGGGCCCAAUGAAGGACCGCAUCAAUGACGACCUUAUCUCGGAAUUCCCCGACAAAUUUGGAUCGUGUGUCCCGCACACGACACGGCCGAAACGCGACUACGAGGUGGACGCUCGAGAUUAUCACUUUGUGGCGUCCAGGGAGCAGAUGGAGAAGGACAUCCAGGAGCACAAGUUCAUUGAAGCCGGGCAAUACAACAACCACCUCUACGGCACCAGUGUCCAGUCUGUGCGAGAGGUCGCCGAGAAGGGGAAACACUGCAUCCUGGACGUGUCAGGCAACGCCAUCAAGCGCCUGCAGGCCGCGCAGCUUCACCCCAUCGCCAUCUUCAUCAAACCCAAGUCUGUGGAGAACAUCAUGGAGAUGAACAAACGUCUGACGGACGAGCAAAGCCGCAAGACAUUGGAGCGAGCGGCCAAGUUGGAGCACGAGUUCACUGAACAUUUCACAGCCAUCGUGCAGGGGGACACCCUGGAGGAAAUCUACGAGCAGAGCAAGCAGAUCAUCGAGGAUCAUUCCGGCUCUUUCAUCUGGGUACAGUCCAAGGAGAAGCUAUGA